AUGCCGACCGACGGCGGAACGAAGUUCACGAGACGUGCCUGCGAUUCGUGUUAUAAACGAAAGAUCAAAUGUGACACGGCAGUCCCGCAGUGCAAAGGGUGCAGCGACCACGACGUUCCCUGUACUUUUAACCGAGUACAACGGAGGCGAAAGCCUAAGAUUAAUCGCCAGCCGCGGAAACUUACUGAGCUCUCUGAGCGCCUCUCACGAAUCGAGAAGCUUCUAGUCGAACACUCCACGCAGAAUCCCAGCUUCAUACCGCAUACACCACAGAUGGAGAGCUCCCUAAGCGCCAUUGUCGGGGACAAGCCCCAGCUUUCAUAUUUAAUGCACGUGUGGCUGAACGAUAGGGAAGCAUGCCGUAUAAUCUUGCCUACAGUCCCUACCCUGCUUCCAGGCAUCCGGAAAUGGGCACAAGCUCGUGCUGGGCUGACGGUCUCGGGCGACAACCUGGGCCUUACAUUGGCAUCAAGGCAGCGUGGGCAGAGCCGUGAAUCCAGUGCUGCUCUGUCCAGCCUACCGAGGCAUAUAUUUGAACUUCCAGACUGGUGGGCUGUGCGCCUGUACUUCGACGCCUAUAGGAAAUCCCCACUGAUGCGAGUGUUUCCAGUCAUCGAGGCCAAAUUGUUUGAAGACACAAUCAGCGCCGUAUAUUGGCCACAGCAGUCGGGCUUGAGAAAAGUGCAGGCCAGCAGCAGAACGUGCAUUCUCGCGUUUCUCAGCUUUGUCGCCCGUCUGGGGCUCACAAAUCUGCCGGCUGUCGACCAUGGUAGGCUGGCUUCUAAGAGCCAGCAUUUUAUGACCCAGAUCCACCAAGAAAGCGCAAGUUUGGAUGCAGCACAGGCAGCAACUAUUCUGGCAAGUCUUGCACCCCUCACCCAUGCACUCUACGAGUUGUUGUCAGGGAGGCUGUCAGCUGUCAAUUACUUCCUAUCCAUUGCUACUCGUCAGCUCAUGUUGCUAGGUGCUAAUAUGGGACCCGAUCGAGUCUCUUCCUAUCGAUGUCUCCCUGCACACUGGCCAAGCACCUAUAAUAACGGACGAAACUGCGAUUUGACACUGCCCCAUGGUUAUCUGGAUAGGGUGUUCGCCGACCCGGAGAAGGAUGAUAAUGCCUAUGAUGGGCCGGUGUUCCCCCUCGACUUGCGCCUGAGCCUGAUCAAAUCAAAAGUAUAUAGCAGGCUGUACUCAGUCAAAGCACGCGAGCAAUCCGAUGCCGAUCUCUUGAAGGCUAUCCGGGAAUUGGACGAGGCCCUGGAAGAGUGGCGGCUGUCCAUUCCGCCCGAUUGGCGUCCUCGUAUGUCGUCUGCGGCGCAGAAGUCCGACCAUGGUGUGAGCAUUCGUUCCAUCAUGUUGCACCUGAACUACUAUCUGUGCAUUAUUGCCAUCCACCAAGCAACCAUUCAGUGCAAAGCGUCGGGGAAAGGCCACAGACUCGAGGGUGGGCUAAGCUCGAGUCUGGCUCUUUCCGUUCAGGCGAGUCGGUCGACUCUUCAUCACCUAAAACGAGCGGAAAAUAUGCUGGUCAGCUGGGCAUUCUGGGUUCUAUCCUUUUACGCUAUGGCGGCACUGCUCACUGUAUUCUGCAACAUCCUUCAGGACCCACUGGGCUCGUGCUCGGGGGAUGAUGCGAUGCUUCUGAAGGUCGCUACAAGCAUCAUGGAACGCAUUCUCUCAUCAAAUAUCUCGGCCACAGAUGCUUCGAAUGCGAGGGUGGUGGCCGACUUCGUAGCGGAAUUGAGGUUGCUAGCGGAGAAUUACAGUAGGAGAGCCCGACAUGAGACGGACAUGGAUCGCAUCUACUAG